UUGAAAAUUUUCUAACCAAAAACCAAUAAAUGGUGGGGUCUCUUUCCCCUACAUCGUCAUUUUUCCUAGAGAAGCCUGUCGUGUUUGCUAUUGUACACGGUCGGCCAUGCAAUGCGCAUGUAAAAUGUAAUCGUAACCUAUCGAAUACGUAUAUACGAUACCACGUGAUCGAUCCGGUACUUCUUUAACCUUUAAUAUUUGUAAAUUUGUGAAAAUGACUCAAAACAAGACCAAAGAAAAGAAAGAAGUAUAUUUUAAACAAUAAGAAUAUAUCAUUGUAGAAAAGCUUUUGUCACAUGUUGUAAUAAAAGAUUUAAUUUAAAAUGUUCAAAAAAGUAGUUGUAGGAAUAUCUGGUGGAGUUGAUAGUGCUGUAACAGCACUUCUUUUAAAAAAUAAAGGGUUUGAUGUCACUGGAGUGUUCAUGAAGAAUUGGGAUGUAGUUGAUGAAACAGGAGUAUGUAGUGUUGAAAAAGAUUAUGAAGAUGCACAAUGGGUAUGCACUAAACUAAAUAUUCCUCUUGUUCAAGCCAAUUUUGUGAAACACUAUUGGAAUAAUGUCUUUAGCAAUGCAAUAGAACUGUAUCAAAACGGAUGCACACCAAAUCCUGAUAUAUUAUGUAAUAAAUACAUUAAAUUUAAAUAUUUUUACAACUUUGCUCGUGACAAUCUUAAAGCAGAUGCUAUUGCAACUGGCCAUUAUGCAAAAACUUCUUUUGGUCCUUAUCUUGAACAUUUUAAACCACUUGAAAAUGUAAAGUUACUUAAAGCACAAGACGAGGAAAAAGAUCAGACAUUUUUUUUGAGUCAGAUUCCUGAAACAGCAUUAAAAUUUUGUAUGUUUCCGCUUGGUGAAUAUUUGAAAAGUCGUGUUAAACAAAUUGCUCAAGAAGCUGAUUUGAACUUCAUUGCUCAGAAGAAGGAAAGCAUGGGCAUAUGUUUUAUAGGCAAACGAGAAUUUCAACAUUUUAUAUCUCAGUACAUACCUGAUAAACCAGGAAACUUUGUAGACUUGGACAGUGGUCAGGUGGUAGGUGAGCAUAAAGGUUUUCACCACUGGACUGUAGGUCAAAAGAUCCGACUUGGAGGUUUAGACAGUUCGUACUUUAUAUAUCAGAAAGAUACCACAACGAAUGAUAUAAUUGUUGUACCAGGAACAAAUCACCCAGCAUUAUAUUCAGAUUUCAUAAGAACAGAAGCUCCUCAUUGGAUAUCAGGCAAACCACCGGAAUUAAUGUCACCAGCUAGGAUAAUGCAUUGUGAUUUUCGUUUUCAACAUAGAGAGCCUGUGAUACCUUGUACAGUUCACAUGACUCUUCAUGAUCAGUUAAUAAUCCAACUUAGUCAACCUUUAAGAGCUAUUACAAAUGGACAGUUUGCUGUUUUAUACAAAGGGGAGGAAUGUUUAGGUAGUGCUGUCAUUUCAUUUAGUGGCCCAUCAUAUUUUGCACUAAACAAAGAAGUGCCAAUGGAAUAUUGGCAUAAGUACAAUGAAAACAUGAAAGCACAGGUAGCCAUAUAAUAUUUGGAAUUUGUUGAAAAGUUUAUAAACAAAGAAUAAAACACCUUUUACUAAAAAAAACAA